AUAUCAUUCGUGUAUUUUUUUAUAUCAUCGAUAUAACGAAAAAACGUCAUCGGGAAAAUAAUUCGUUGAUGAAUUUUUUUUUGCGAUUUGCCAAAAACAAUAAUAAUUUUAUUCGAAGAAAAUUAUGAAUUUUAAGUAAUAUCGUUAUAUCUAAUUGAAAAUGAACGUCUUCGGAGUAUCGUUGUUUCUUUUUUACACCAUCGUUAUGUCAUACGCAUUGUCGGCUGAAACAAUUUGUACCAGAAUCGAAAAUUACACGGUCACUUCUAUGGAAAGAUAUGAAGAGCCAGUAGUCGUGAACGCGCUCUCAUGGUGCAUCCAACUUCCACCGAGAUGUCCUCAACCCCAAACUAUAAUGAGACAACGCUAUCGGAUAAAGUCGGAAGUCAAGACCAGGAAGGUGAAGGAAUGCUGCGAGGGUUACAAACCAAUGGAAAUACUCAAAGAGAACGAUGGCGAUACUAACUGUUUACCUUUUUGCGAUAAAUGCCUAGCGGGUGUUUGCGUUUCACCUAACAAAUGUCAAUGCGAUCCAGGUUACUAUGGAACGGAUUGUUCGAAAGAAUGCCCUCCAGGAUCUUGGGGCGUGCAAUGCAUGCAGAAAUGCGAAUGUGCCGAAGAGGUUAUUUGCGAUUCUAAAAACGGCAAUUGUCGUUGCCCAGCAGGUUUAUGGGGAUUAAGAUGUGAAAACUCGUGCAAUUGUAAUGAACCUAAUAGCAAUUGUAAUCCUGAAACUGGACAAUGCACUUCCUUCACAAUAACCGACAUACGUUCUUCAUCCGAAAACAUAAAUGAAGUUAAAUUAUUUAAUACAGAAAUAAUGGACUAUGAAAAAGAAACGACUGAUCUUUCUUGGACUACUGAACACAUUAUGAAGGAAGGAUGGGAUAAUUAUAUCACGCAAUCGAGCAUGGAUAGUAAUUUCGAAAGCACAAACAACGAACUAACUUCUCAUACAACCGGAUUUUAUGUUAAAACUAAAACGCAUAAUCAAGAAGACGAUAUUACUAGCACAAGCACGGUUAGGCCAGUGAUCGUCCUUGUCUCUGUUCCGGAACGACAAAAAACUAUAUUGACAAAAGAUCGAAAUAAAUUUGCGUUAAAGGAUGCAUUUUUAGGACAUUUAAAGGAAAAAGGUGAACUUCGUGAUGGGCUAUCAUUGAAAACUGAUUAUGUCAAAACUAUUCAUAAAGAAAAUAAUACACCAGGUGCAUCGAUUCCAUUGGAUAUCGCAUUAAUUAUCAUAGGAUCGAUUGUAUUUCUCAGUUUAAUGUCCGUCGCAAUAGUUACGAUUAUUCAUACAAGGACGAAACUUUUCGAAACGGUGAGACUUUCGAUUUACAACGACGAGAAAGACAAAAAUAACGGACGUGAAAGUGAAAAGCAACAAAGACCAUCCGGAAAGAUUUCAACGAUCAUCGAUAGUGCACUACCUCAAACACCGAUACGUACGAAUCCAGCAGCAUUCUUUUCAAAUUUUGAACAAACCGGUACGAUUUUACCAACUGGUAUAAACAUCGAACCAGUAAGUAGUUACGCUAAUGGCACCGCAACCAUCGGCCUUCGAAUUUCCGGCCAUCUUCGUGAGUUGUUACAAGAAGAUCAUUAUGACAGACCUCCUACGACCUUGUUACGCCUUCACACGGAUUUUGAAUCGAAUGGUGAACACCUUUAUGAUGAGAUUCCUUUGCAAUCAACUGGUCUUUGCUAGCGUAAAUGCACGUGAUUAACUCGAACGUGAUUAACUCGCUCUACUUGAAUAUAUUUCUCUCUCUCUCUGUCUCUGUCUCUCUCUCUUUCUUUUUCUUUUUCUUUCUUUUUUUUACUCCUACUUCGUAGAAAGAUACACGGAUCAAAAAGAAUAGUUCAUUGAUGAAGUAACAAGUGUGGAUAAAUAUACAAAUACACAUGUGUGUGUAUAUGUCAGCAAUGUGUUUAAAAUAAGAAUUUAAGAAAAAAAAUCCAACUUAACUGGUUUUCUAACUUACGCAUAGCGAUUGAACGUACAAGGCUACACGCGAAUUGUUGAUCAUUCAUUCGAGAAAAUAAACAACACUAUUCCUUAAUGAUCCGAUUUGUACACAUCUCAUUGUGAGUUGUAAAUUUAUUCAAUGGAGAACGUCCAGGGUUUCGAGAAACUUAUACAAUUAUUUAUCUUAUUUGUACUUUUUUUUUUUUUUUUGUCAUAGACUUACGUCAAUGCAUUCUAUCGAAUUAUCAUACGUGCAUUAAAGGAAAACUGAAUGUUUUUUUUCUUUUUUCGGAAGGAAAAAUAAACAAUAAUUUUGUAUUUAGAGAUUAUAGUAAUAUAUUUCUAAGUACUGUUCGAUUAUAUUAAUUUAUUUGGAAAAUCUUAUUAAUAAUUAGAAUUUUGUGAUUUAUUCAUCCGCGUAAUUUCUAAUGUCUCAUAUUUAAAAUGAAAUAUCAAACUUUGUAUUUGUACGUUAGAAUAAGAUUACUUUGUUUUCCUUCAUAUAAAUGUUAUAUAUUUAUAAUUUGUAUUUUAUUUUAAUGGAGAAAAAUUCAGAUCAUUUUGAAAUAUUAUAUAUGUAUGUAUCUAAUUUAUGUACCUCAGUGGAUUGUUUUCUAUAUCGAUUUAUGAAAAUUAGGGCAAUGUAACUAUCAUUAUGCGUUUCAAUGUAAUCUUCUUAUAACCCCAUAACCCGUUCUUAUUAAAUAAAUCAUCGGUAAAAAGAAAAAGAAAAACAAAAAAAAAAGAAGG